AUGUUUCACCUAAUGGACAGCCCCAUCUUGGAGAAGGCAGACUACUUUGGGAUUGCUCUUGCCCUUGUCUACCACACAUCCAUUGGCCUCAUCUGUGCUACAAGGCUGCACCACUCUCAACCACUUAUAGUGCUUGUGAUGCUGCUGCCUGGAUUGGUGGCAUACCUUCACUACCUCACCACAAUGCUACACCACUUUGACUAUGGACAUGCCAAGUAUAUCAUGUAUGCACUGAUUUGGUCUGCUCUAUGUGUGCUGCUUGAGAUCUAUGACUUCCCUCCUCUCUUUGAGGUUUUUGAUGCCCACAGCUUGUGGCAUGCAACUGCAUUGCUCACAGCCCUCUUCUGGCACCACUUCAUUUUGUGGGACCUGGGCACACCAACACCAUCUAAAGGGGGUGAUAGUGUGACCCUGCUUAUUGUACUCUUGGGCAUUGUUGCCUAUCUGCAGGUGGUGGCCUUUGUUGUAAUUAAACUAAAAUGA